AUAAGCCAUGUCACAAAACAAUUAAAUUGCAUGGUUCUAAUGCAUCCCACUUUUUGCUUAUUACAGGAUAUUCAGACGGGGAAGAUCAUUGGGCGUGGUUCUGAGCGUAAUGGCCUGUACUAUGUCGAGGAAUUUGAUCAUUACGGAACAGCUAUGCUUGCUCAUGGGACAGUGGACAGGCAGGCAUG